AUGGAUUUGAAGGAUCCCAGCGGAGUAACACAGAAGGAGCUUAAACACUACACCAACAUUUUUGACGGCGAUCAUUUCCCUAAGCGUAUUUUGGUUCACGGACGACCAGGUAUCGGCAAGACCGUUUUUACGCAGAAAGCUACAUUCGACUGGUCCCAGCACAGAUAUGAAGAAAAGUUAGGAAGAUUUGAUCUCGUAUUUUUGGUCAAAUUACGCGAUAUUUGUAACCUCAACGAUGUCCCAGCCAUUCUGAGCGCUGCUAAUCUUCUUGCGAGUGAUGGCCCAAUUUCCACUGACAACCUGUAUGAUUACGUUCGUCACCACCAAGAAAAAGUGUUGCUUAUUUUGGACGGCUACGAUGAAUACGUACACAGCGCAGCAAGCCAAUCACCUGUUCUUCAAAUCUGGGAGAAAAAGCAGUUGAGGGAUUGUUGUGUUAUUAUAACGUCUAGAGACAUGAAAGGAGAGGGAUUGAAAAGUUCCAGCGAUGCUCAAUUUGAGAUCGACGGUUUCGACCGUAAGCGACAAGAAGAGUUCGCCCGUAGAUUCUUGAAAAAUGAUCAAGAUGUUGAAGAGUUUUUCAGGUACUUGAAACAACAAAGUCUGGAGGAUGUAGCAAAAAUACCUAUUUUGCUUUUAAUGUUGUUGUUGGUUUGGAAAGAAAAGGAUCGUGAAGGACUACCUUCAUCACGGGUGAUGGUGUACUUUCAGUUUCUACAGACUAUGUUUAAUCAUAUGUCUGAAAAACAAAAAAAGCCGGCGGAAAAAGUUGACGACCACAAAGAAGAACUCUGUAAAGUAGGAGAACUAGCCUUUGACGCACUUCUACAAGAUUUACUUUACUUUCCUCUCAGUAAACUGCCGGAUCACGUUUUGACUGAGAAACUGAUCGACGCCGGGUUGUUUCAGCUGCUAAACGUGUCCGCUCUUAACCCAUGCAAAGACGUUCAUUUCAUUCACAAAUCCAUGCAGGAGUUUUUGGCUUCUCUAUUUCUAAAAGAAGAACUGUUAUCUCAAGAAAGUAAAAACAAUUCCCUUUUCAAAGUCGACUCAAUUGAAAAGAUCGUCAAGUUGAAUGAAGUUUUUAAAUUUGCUGCCGAAAUGUCAGAAGAAGCCGCGCGAGAGAUCUUGAUUCAUCUGUUGGAAAUGGCGGCGAAGGAAGACGGAGAGUACAGCUUCGACAAUCAAACACCGUCAGACGGAGAUUUGUCUAAUGAAAAAAAAAAUCUUCUAACUCUAUGUACACAGUUUUUCUUCUACUGCUCAGCAGACACGAGAACAGAACUUUUCCCCACUUUUCUUUCUAAUCUAGGAGGUGUUUUUUUAAUAAAUGCUGACCAGCUGAAUAUUGCAGCAAAGGAAAAUUUUGUUAAAACUACCGCUUCCCUUAUGUACAUAUUUUUCUCUAAAAAAGACCAGUAUACAGAGCAAAGUUAUAAUAAUUUAAUAUCUUUAGCACAGCAAUUAAACGCUGUCAUAGGUAGUAGAACAGGAGAACAGAAAGCAUCAGAAUUUUUGAAAGUAUUUCCAUGGCGUAGAGUCAACGAGUUCUUUUUAAUGAAAGAAGAAAAAAACACUCACCUUUAUUUCACUGAAAUUGUAAAAAAUACAUAUCUUGGCAUUCCUCUUCCUUUUAAAAAGGUAAAGACGUUAGUUAGUUUAGAAGAGACAACAAAGAAGACAAACAUGAAAGGUAAUGAGUCAAGUGAAGAGAGCAGCAGCAGCUGUUGUUCAAAGCGUCAUGGUCUCUCCAGGGUUCGGAGGAUUGUAGCUGUUGAUGUGAACAGGUCAGAAGUGGAACAGCUGAUUGAGAUGAUGCCGUUUAUCACCGCUCCACACGAGAUAUGGGUUGAGGGUAAACACGGUGAAGUGUUGGAUGCUAAGGUAACAGAGUCUUUGCUGAGGAGCAUCCCAACACACAAACUGGAGAGAUUAAUACUCCCUGGUAUCAAUGUAACAUCAUCACCUGCUGUGGAGUUCAUCAACAGAGCAUUUAAACAAGAUCUUCCAAACUUGAAGUGGCUCUACAUGUCAUACAAUCCUCUUCUGGGUGCAGGAGUCGACAGAUUGAUUAAACAUCUCAGCUGCGCUCCUCACCUGAAGAUACUGUACCUUUCAGGUGUGAAGAUGACUCCACAGCAGGUGAUGAAUCUCACAUCAGCUGUACAGCAACACGGCAACAUCACUGAACUGUGGUCAGACUACCACGUGAGUUUUCCAAUUUUAUCACAAUUUGUCUCUUUAUUCUUUGUUUACAGUUAAUUUCUACUCAGCUCUUGCCUUUCGCCAUUUUCCUUUCUUUGUCAUUUUUAUACUCGACAAAACACGAGAUUUACUUUUGAAAACAAAUCACAAACUUUAGCAGAUUCAAAGUAUCAUUUCAAAUUCAUUUCUUUCAACUGAUUAAACUAACUCCAUAAAAUGUUUUAACUGAGAACGUUAAGAACAAGUAACUUCAGCUGAUAUUAAAACAGGGAGUUAAACACAAGAAGAGAAAUUUCGUAUCUUCAAGCAGCCACGUGAUGAUAUUUUCCCGCCUUUCGUUUUAUUACGUAACAAAUUCCCGCCCGCAAAAAAAAUACACUGUGAUCUGCGAAUUUUGUAAGGCUGAAUAUCUUUUCAAAAGAAAAGAAAAAGGAUUUGCUAAUUUUGGUUUUGAUUCUACUAUUUUGAAUGCGAAUUUCUUGUACGUGCGCCUUGAUAAAGAUAAUGUUUCUCUUUCUAAUCCCGCCAAGAGGGGAGAGGUACAGGGAGGUAAAUCUCCCUCCUCCCUAAACUUGGUUUAAAAAUUGGCGACGGGUAACACUCGUUUCUUGAACUUAGUCGUAAAGGAAGUUUUUGACCUUCAGCGCUUCGCCUCUACACCAACAUACCAGACAAAGAAGGCGUAACCACCGUGUGUCUAGUGCAGUUUUGGCCUCCCUCUCUCUCUUUAUGUCACGCAACGCCGGAGAGAGAGGGUCCUCCCCCACAUCCCUUAUCAUCACACAAAAAGCCAUAAAAUUACCUUUUCAUCGAUAUCUCCCUACUCGCAACAUUUCAUUUUCUCCCUCCUCCCUACAUUUUUGCCCCGAGUUCUCCCUCCUCCCUAUUCUGUUUCUCUUCCCUCCUCCGAGAAGUCAGAAUCUUCGCUAGGAAAAAUUUAUCUCAGCAAAUAACUGUAAAGACGCUUAAAAAUAGUUUGUCAGUUGUUGUUAACACAUUAACCUUGUGCUCGUAUAAUUUUUGACAAGGUGCCGGGUUCGAAUCCUGCUCAGUACCCUUUCUUUUUUCCUUCUGUCUUUCUCUUUUUUUUUUUUUUCGUUUUUGUUUUUGUUUUGUUGUUGAUGUUUUUUAAAUAUAUACCUUCUAGAGCAAAGAUAGUAUAUUUAUGGAUAAACAAUCUGAUUUUCUAUCGUUUCCUUUUUUAUCGCAAUAUAUUCUACAAAACUAAACAGUAGCCACAUGCAGUCACAAACUGCCUUUUAUUAUAUAGGCCAAGUUUAGACUGUUGAUCUUUGCUUUCGGCACUCGAGGGUUGUUUUGAACUUAGUACAUCUUGUCAAAGUUGUUGUCAUAUAAGCAAUUGUCUUUCGUUGGUCACUGUAAUCGCAUUGUACUUUAAAUGAAGGUUUUCAAAUGUGUACACGUCCACACUUUAUUAAAGGGAGAUGGGUUGUUUCAAGUAUUGUUUUGUAUUUUGUUGAAGGAUGAUAAAGGAAACCCCAAACCUGAACAUGAAUGGCCAUCAGAGAGGUACUGGAAAAGGCAGUUCCCUGACCUCUUUCCUGAUUCAUCACCUGAAUCAGCGCAUGAACAGGAGCAGGUUAGUCAUCACUCAACUAUUUUGUGAAAGUUUAUUUGUUAAUGUUAGUGAGACUUUCAGUGUUUGUGUAAACAGUUCUCUUUUUCUGUCCGUCAGAGGUAAUCAAAUACGCUCAGGAGCCUUCAUUUUUAAGUCGCCAUUACGGAGGAUUUCCGAGUUGGUGAUACUGAGUUAGUUUUUAAUACAGUAAAAACCCGCGUGUAAGAACCUAGUGGCUAAAUAACCUACUGGCAGAAAUUUGCUUCUUUAAUACCAAACAAUGAUAAAAACUAGCCCAGAGGAGAUCAAGCAGGUUGUUAUAUGUAGAUUACCGUUAAAUUAAUAAGCUUAUUCAUCAUCUAAAAAAGGGAUUGAACAGGAACAGGUUAGUCACCAGCUUCGUUUGUUUAAGUUUAUGCAUCAGUCAUUUGAAACUCCGGCCCCCCGACCCCCGGGACUUAGCUGGGAAUUUAACAGUGGGUUUGGUGUUAAAACACCGCCAAUUUUCCCGCUUCCCGGGCCAAGUAGUUUGUUAAAAGCCCCGUAUAGCAGGGAAUUAGUUAAGUGUAGUUCUAGGCUCGAUUUCAAACGCUCUGUCCGAUCUGGUAUUCUGUAUUUCUUAAAAUAGAAACUCUCGAUUGCGUUCCUUCAAAUUCAUGAAAAAUGUUACCCUGGGUGCCAGAGGAUUUUUUUCUUACCUAAUUCCUGAGAACGGACCUCUGGAGCCAGUGUAGAAAAAUGUGGUUACAUCGCGUUAAGGGGAAGGGAUCUUAACGAAACCCGUCGGGGGGGAGGUACUUUCUUAUAUAAGCCAUUUAGGUAUAGUCAACUCUCGCCUUGCGUACACCCCGAUAAUACGGACAGCAGCUAAAUUCCCCGGCAAAAUCAAAUUACAGAAGUUUGACUUGAAUAAACUCCCGCUAUUACGAACUGUCGUUAAUGAAGACACUAAUUUGAGGUCCCUACAGUGUCCGCUAUAAAGGGCCGGUUGACUGUAAUUCUGACAUAAUUUCUGCCUGAAUGUCAGGUCUGAAAACGGGUGUGGAUUUUAGAGGUCAGGUGUGAAAAAGGGGGUGGAAAAUGACACUUUUUGGUCUGAAAUAGGGUUAGGAUUUGGAGAACUAGGCGGCACAUCCCCACCGAGAAUUACCCGGAGUACCCUCUGGGAUGCGAAACAGCUCUGUCUUUCUCCAAUUUUCUAAUCGUGAAAGUAAUGGGAGAGGAAUCGGGAAACUUAGAAAGCGCUUUUGGGAUUAAUUUAUCGUCGCUUACGUACGAGGUGAACAAAUGAGACUCAAAGAGAUUUGUGAAGUCCUUGUAACGCAACGCUCGACCAAUGUGUAGGACGUUCUAUACACUUUCUUUCUGUGUCUGAGACUAGGGCAACCUGUUUCGUGCCUUCCUGCCCUGUUUCUCCUAUGUUUUAAUAUUAUCAUUCUCUGCGGCAUCAUCUCUCUUCUGCCGCCAUACAAAACUUUUGGAAACGGGGCUUUUCCUUCAGUCACUUAUGUUAAAUCCCCGCUUCCGAAAAUUCGUAUUACUGCUUAAUCCCCGCUCAUAACAUGGAUAAAACAGGUAUUUUGUUAAUUUCCCCGCCACCUUGAUUCCCUUUUUAAGCUUUUUAGGAAAGAUAUCACUGACAUUUUGUGCCAAGUAGACCUAUUGACCUUUGAAAAAAGAGUUUUGUUUAACAAUUGUUAGAUCAGCAAAGAAAUGAGAAACAGACACCUUAUAUACGAUUUAAAAAAGGAGUGAUUUUUGUUCUCGUAACUCCGAUGAAGUGAUCGAUAACUCUCCAUCUCUCUCAACAUCUCCAUCUCAAUGUUUUGCAGCAAGUCCAGUCACUAAUAUAAGGGUUUCACACCUUGUAAUUAUCUCACCCCUUUAGCAGAACUCAGUUCUCGGCUUAAUUUGCCCAUCAGACACUGUACUUCUUAUUAGGCCAGGUAUUUAUUUAAUGAUCUACUCAGUCGGUACGUGCGGCCUGUUUUGAAUUUAGUACAUCUUGGCAAAGUUUUUGUCAACCCGGCACCCCUUUUUUCGUUGCUCACUUAAAACAUCCUUUGUUUAUAUUCUGUAAUCCCAUUGUACCUAAAUGAAGGCUUUGAAAUGUGUCACACGUCCAAAUUUACCUCAACGGGGGGUGAAUGGUUUUAAGUUUUGUUUUGUAUUUUGUUAAGGGAUUUUGUUCAACUUUGUUUAAAUUUAUUUACUGUAUUUUAUUGUAUUUCAUCUUAAACGAAAAUAUUAUUAAGACUUUUAGUGUUUCUGUCCGCCGGAGAUGAUCAAACACACUCGGAAGCUUUUGUUUAUAAUAAGGCUUCUACAUUACAAUUCUGACAAUGAUUUCUAACACUGAACACUGAAUUCAUUCCCCUAAAAUCCUGAAAUACUGCAAAGAAAUUCUUCCCUCCGACGUACCGGGUGCAUCUUUAAACUUAAGGCUGGAAAUACUUAAGCUUCAAGGCUUUUUUAACGGAGUAUUUCCUUAUUUGCGUGUGGUUAAUUACGUUGUGUCCAAUUGUGUUUGUUUUUAUUUUGUAGACCCAUGAAAGGGCAUCAGAGUCUCGAAGAAGAAAGAAAUGUUCCUGCAUGUAA